ACUAAACAUACCCGACCAUCUAACAGAGUGCAUCAUCUCCACCGUCUACAUCAGUUGAAUCAGAUACAUCGAAGAUUUCACACGGUUCGGUCCAGCAUACAAUAAAGUAUCUCAGUAUCUGCCAAUAAAAAUCAAGUAAAAACCUUGUCCGAUAUAAAGUCAAACACUAAAUCAUAUCAUCACUGAUGGUUGUUUACUUUUUGUGCGGUGCGCUCGCUAUCUCCUCUCUAACUUGUCGAUGAUAGUUUGUUGAGUAGGACAACUUUUUCCCGCCAAAAAUGGUCUUCUAUACACCAACGAGAAUUCAAUAGAUGAAUGAACGCGUGUAUAAAAAAAGUAUAAGGUAUCAGUAUCAUACGCAUAGAUACUUUUUUAUCUGAACAAAUCCAAAAAAAAAAAAAACAAAAAGGAUACUGCGAGUAAAAUAUUCAUGAGAGUGCUCUGUUUACAGAUGGAUGUGAUUUUUUUACGGAUGUUUGUCGAUUUAUCCUUUUGAUGUGAUGUGCAAAAGGGGAUGAAAACCUCGAAGAUUAACGAGAAAUCAGAUGUUUGUGCAAAAGUGUUUUUAUCUGCGGAAUCUCGGUCGGAGGUUGGCGUUAUUUUUUUGUGUUGUAUGAAAAUUAUAACAAAUGACCUUAAAUUGCUUUUAGUUUAAUGUCUUAUUGUUUUUUUUUUGUUUUCUUUUCUAAAAAGAUUAAAGUCUUGUGAAAAAAUUCUUGCGUGUGUGAACGUUUGAUUGAAAAACAAAAUUUCAAUUGUUUUGAAAAGUGAAAACGAUUUUCAUUAGCACGCAAUUUAGUACGGUGCAACCAAGUGCAACCGGAAUAUCACCUUUGUUGGCGAUAAAAAAGCAAAUAAAAUUAUUGUAGAACCAACUUAUAACCAUAACUGUGAUGAUGAUGAUCAAGUUCGCUCAUCCGUUCCGCCUCCGAUGGUCUACAUGCGAAGUUCGGUGAAAAUAUAGUUUUUAAUUAAUUUAAAAAAGAUAUAAAACUAACAUCACGCACAUAUUAAAUGUUAUCUUUUAUUAAAAAUAAUAAAAAUAUGCUCAGCCAAGGUUAACAGAUGCAUUACAAGAAAUGCAAUAACAGUGAAAAGUGAAAGAUACAAAAUUAGAUAUAUAUAUAUCUAUCAAUCUUGUCGUUGUUUUUUUUUUCUUUAAUUUUUAAUUGCAUCAGUAAGAAAAAAUAAAAUAUAAUAAAUAAAAAUGGGUGCAAAAGCGAAAGUUUUUUGUGGUUUUUUGUUGUUCGUGAUUGUAUUUGGAUUGCGAUUUUUCUGUGCAAAUUGCCAGAGAUAUCCACCACAGCAGCAGCAGCAGCAACAGCAGCAGAUACAGAUGCAAAAUUUCCAACAGCAUCACCUGCCACUUCAGCAGCAUCAAUUACAUGCGGUGACAGUGCCGAUACAAAAGGAUUUACACUCGAACGAAAAUCGAUUGCAGUCGCAGGUACGACUAUGCAGUAAAGGUCGUUUGGUUUUUCCGUGUCCAAUACGCUUUAGAAAACCAUUUUUCUUUAUGUUACCUAUUCCGGUGCGUAGCACAGUUCUUUCAGCAACCACAACAACAACAACUACGACGAACGUUCCCCAGAUCCUCCGAACAGGAGUAUCACUUGUUGUUCAAGACACAUCAGCCGCUGAUAUUGGACAAAGAGAAUACUACCACCCUAGUUGGUCUACCUUAGAAAAUACAAAUAACCAGCCGCAUCAACAUGAAACAGAAACACAACAUCUGCCAGGUAAAAACUGCAAACGAAAAAGACGUCCACAACCACAGAUUAGUACAACAGAAUCCCCCGUGCUUUCACCUUUACAACAAUACUGGCGUGGUCAUGUAGAAGAUGAAAAACCAAGAGGUCGACAAAAAAUUCAAACAUUUCUACCAACUCCCACACAAAUGUCUGAGCGUUUACAAGAACCAAGUACGACAAGAUUUUCUGAAAGAAUCGGAGAAGCUUUAUCCAGUCGAUCUUCGGAAAUAAUAAAUCAAGAACCUUUACCAACUCCAAAUUCGGAAAGAUAUCAUGAUAUUUUCCCUUCACAAUAUCCAGAUGUUCGAAGACCGUCGACAAGUACUGUUUACUCAGAGAAAAUAAGGGAAUUUAAUCCCACUAAAGAAUCUCUCAUACCACGCCAACCAAUUACAAGUUCAAUUUUUGAUAAAUUUCAAGAUCCUUCGCCAACUAGGAUUUUAGAAAGAAAUCGAGAAUAUUAUUCAACCAAAACUGCAGAAAAUGUUCUUCAAGAUCCUGUACCAACAAGGGUUUUAGAAAAAACUCGAGAAUCCUAUUCACAAAAACCAAUUGAACAGCUUCCCGAAGUUGCACCGUCGAGAAUCUCGGAAAGAGUUAUUGAUCCAAAUUCCAGGAAAGUCCCUGAAAGAAGUCGGGAUUCAUUUUAUACUAAAAGUUCAGAAAAAAUUCGAGAACCACUAGCUGCUUUGGAGAAGGAACAGAAACUCUCUAAAGAGCGGGACAAACAACGCCAGCAAAUAAGCACAGAAAAGACUUCCGCCGGAAAUAGAGACAAAUCAUACCGUAGACCAUACUCACAAGCGAAAAAAGACCAACACCAACAAGCAUUUGCCAGUAAAGAAGAGUCAUCAGAAAACAGAUUUCCAAAACCUCGAUCACCAAUCGAUUUGAAAGAGAUUCUUAAAAAUUCUGGCGGUUUAAGUUUGAGUGAAAUUCUGCAGCAAAAAAAUCUUUCACUCGACGACUUACUUAAAGGGAAGCAAAACGCUUUACUUGCACUUCAAACAACAGCCUCAUCUCCAGAGAAACAUCCAGAUAGUAUUUCGUCAAAAGAACGUUUUGGUAAGCCAGUUAGAAGAAUACCACCUUUAGGAUUAGGUCCUUUGACCACUUCAACUACGACUACAACUACAACAACUGAUACCAAUCUCAUAGACCAGUCAGUGGAAGAAACAUCUUCGCAAUCUAAUGAAAGUCGAGAGGUACAUUCUGAAGAAAUGUCUUCAAAUGAAAGCAAACCUACAAAAAUUCCAGCAACAUUGCGAAAAAAUCUUAAAUUUCCAUCAAGAAUUCGUAUGAGUCCCACAACUCGUAGGCAACAACAUUUUGAAACCACUGUUCGGUUUUCUACAACAUCAUCUACCACAACUACACCUAAACCAUCAACGACUCGAAUUCCUCUUUACAAAAAACGACAACACACAAGACUUCCACUUGUAAGAAUUCCAGGAGUUAAUAAAAUAAACCCAACAACGGCAACAGGAUCAGAGUCUUACGAGUCUGCACCAUCUCGCGAAACAAUAGAAUCUCAAGAAGAUAACACAACGUACAACUAUCCAAAGAGAUCACGAACGCGUCAAUCUUCAUCAACAACAACAACAACCACCGAAGCCACUGCUGAUCUCACAGAUCCCGCCACAAACUUUGUAGACUAUUCUCCGGGUGAAAAUGAAGUUCUUCAAGAAUCUGAAGCUUUCGAAAAUACAAGUCUCAGUAAAAAUAAUUCGGAUCUUUCCACACAUGACCGGGAUAAACUUAAAACCAAAAAUCUUGAGGAACCUGUUACAGAUCACAUAUACAGAUAUAACUCACUUAAGAACUACAUCGAUAAUAAUCUUCCUCAUGCAGUUUUAAUGGACAUUGAUCUCGCCGACAUUGAUCCCGUCGAUGAUCGAACUGAUCUUCUAGAACUUAUCGAAGAUCGUCGAUCAGGAAAUCGCCUCAUAAAGGUCCUUGAACAACGAAACAUGACUUUGGAAGAACUGAUUGAACAUAGGAAACGUGGAUCCAGCCAGUUGCAUUUGGCAACUUUCGUACAAAAUCGAUCAGGAGUCUUCCCGGGUAAAAAAGUUGUCGUAAACGACGAUAUGGAUAUUGUUACAGCUUUUGAAAAUUUCCCACACUUCAAUUUGUUGAAUUUAAAAAGUGUCAAGCCAGAUGAAAUCAAAACUGACUCCCAAGGUUCAAGCUAUUUCACUUCCAUUAUCGAUAUCGAGCCAACAGAUGAGUCUUCCAAGGAACAAGGCAGUGGUUCAUUAGCCGGCAAAUCAUCUAUUCGUAGUCCCAACAAUAGCAACAUUCAACGACAACCAUUUUAUCCCUCCUGGAAGAGUUUAGCCCUAGCAAGUCUAACAACAUCGGAAAAUGCAAAAAGGUUUCUACAGCGUUCCGAACUCGAACCACCUCAACAAACUGCUCAGCGACACCAAUCGACUGUGAGCGAAGAAGAUCCAAUAGUUCAAAUUGAAGAUGAAGUUGCCAGGGCACAUGAUUUAAUCGAUUUAGAAUUAUCUGGUCAUGGUUUUAAACGUAGCGCAUUGAAUCUUAUGCAUACAUCUGAAGUGCCUUCUGGAAUUCGAUCGGCAAUGGUAGCCAGUGCGGCUAUAGUGUUGACUUCAUUGGUAGCAUUUAUGGUGGUGUUUGUUGGUUGCCGAUGGAAACAGAGAAGACGUCGCCAUAAGUUGGACUAUUUAGAAGCAUACAGUGCAAUGCGCACUAAGCGACCAAUGAAAUCUUCACAUAGAAAUGAUGAGCUGACAACGUCAACAACCAGCUUGGGAAUGGAAAGUUCAACUGCUCCAUCGAGAACGAGCAGAAGUAAUAGCCGACAGAGCCAGCGUCAUCAAAUUUCAAUUGUCUUCCCUGGCAAUGAUGGUGGCUAUUUAACGGGGGGACCAUCUCAUUCGAUACAAAAUUCAAAAUUCGACCCAAUGGAUCCAAAUUCACCACAGGUACAGGAUUAUCUAUUUAGUUCCUUACGGAAAUCAUUUUAGUGUGCGUGAGAAGUGGUUUAAAAAAAAAUUGUUGUAGGUUUUUGGGGUAAGGAGCUGUGAAAUUUUUUUAUAAUUCAUACGAAUAAAAUAUAUACACAAAAUAAUAUGAACCUUUAAAAAGUUUUAAAAAAUAAAAAUAAUUUUUUUGUUAGGAAGGAUUGCUGUUAAAAUGUACCUACUUAAAAUGUUAUUAAUUUUUUUAAGUUUUAAUUAUGGACCAAAAGUUAAACACUCAAUUUUCCAAUUUAAAAAUAGAGCUUUGAGACCGUGAUUCUUUUUAGUAAUGCAUCAAAUACGAUCCGUUCAGAUUGAAAUUUUAAAAUGUUUCUAUACACUUGCACUGUCCACAGAUAAAAGAUUGUCGAUAACUCUCCGAAUCCGCGACCUUAUAAUUAUUAAUUUCAAUUAUUUUUUUCUUUCAAACCUACAUAUUUGCCGCAUGGCGGCCGUCAAAGUGUUUCUACUAAAACUAAAAGAUUUUUUAAUAGUUGGUGGAGCUUGUUCAAACUCAUUUGGUUAAGACUGCCAACCGCCUCUAAGUAAGAUUCUUUAAGUUUUCCAAAAAUUUGAUAAAUAUUCAAAUUAAAUCAAUCAUUUAAAUAACCAUCCUGUUCAAGCUCCAUGGCUUUUUAAUCGCGAAUGGAAUUAUGAAGCUCCUUGAUUCUAAUCCGAGACAAGUUAUCUUGAUUUUUUUUUUUUUGAGAACUUCUCCUUGAAGGGUAUUGACAGAAUCAUCAAAAAUAUUUUGUCAUAAAAAAGCGCAACUUCAAACUCGAAAGAAGUCCUGAAAUUCC